AUGAUGUGGACUUCUUCAAUUCUUGUUGUGGUACUUGUGGCACUUGUGGCUACAGGUUUGGCGCAAGUCAACACAACUCUGCCAGUUGGAUAUCGCAAGGUGUAUCUCACUUCUUUGCAAGAUAAGAAGUUUGUCAUUGUGCCGAAGACUCCAGUCAAGAUCGGGACGACACUUGUCGUACAGACCUUGAACAACAAGCCUGAGCAACAGUGGUACGUCAAAGAUGGGAACGUGACGGGAAAGAUUCAACUCGCGGAUACUACGUUCUGCAUGGAUGCAGGUGCCCAGUCGAACUGGAAGGACAUGGGUGCCGUUUCACUUCAAACAUGCUCAGAGACUGCGGUAGCGCAACAAUGGGUAGUCAUGACUGAUGGAAGAAUUGCCCUACAACCUUCACCAAAACCUCAACAAUGUCUCGAUCUUCAAUAUCUUCGCGCAACACCGAACAACCCUGUAGGCCUGUAUACUUGUGCUGGGUUGGGCAACACUGGAGCUGCGGAUAAGGGAAUCAAUUGGCCACUUCUCAACGCCACUGCUACCUAA